CAGACGUGCAGUGGCCGGUGUCCACGUAACAGGUUCGAAUCCAGGAAUUUUACUAUAAAUUGACGUCCCAAGUUACUUCUACUAAAUUUAACGAUGGCACCCACAAUCGUCUCAGAAGACAGGCUGACGUCGGGUCAUCGGCUAUCGCAUCCAGCACCUGGCGACGAAGUCCUCAUCACCGGCAUCUCUGGUUACUUUCCCGAUUCGGACUCUGUUGCGCACUUGCAAGACAAUUUGUUUAAUAAGGUGGACCUCAUAUCGGGAGACAGCCGUCGUUGGAAACUGGCUCAUCCCGAGAUCCCGCAACGUACGGGAAAAAUCAACAAUGUCAACAAAUUCGACGCGUCCUUCUUCGGCGUGCACUUCAAGCAGGCGCACACCAUGGACCCUAUGUGUAGGAUCCUGUUGGAGAAAGCGUACGAAGCUGUCAUAGACGCUGGUUUGAAUCCAAAGGAACUGCGCAACACCAAGACUGGUGUUUUCAUCGGCGCUUGCUUCUCGGAAUCUGAGAAGACAUGGUUCUACGAAAAAAUGCAAGUGAACGGAUUCGGUGUGACUGGCUGUUCCCGAGCUAUGUUAGCCAACCGUAUCUCCUACUGGCUUGGAGUUACUGGUCCUUCAUACACCGUGGAUUCAGCUUGCUCCAGUUCUCUGUACGCCUUGGAACACGCAUUCAGAGCUAUACGUGACGGUCAUUGUGAUGCUGCUAUUGUUGGUGGAUCGAACUUGUGUCUCCAUCCUUACGUAUCUUUGCAGUUCUCUAGAUUGGGUGUAUUAUCUCCUGAUGGAAGAUGCAAGAGUUUCGACAACAGUGCAAAUGGUUACGCCCGUUCUGAAGCAAUUGUUGUUUGUUUGUUGCAGAAGGCUAAGGAUUCAAGAAGGGUCUAUGCCCAAGUCUUGCACGCUAAGACUAACUGUGACGGAUACAAAGAGCAAGGUAUCACCUAUCCAGCUGGUAACAUCCAGAAGUUACUCCUCAGCGAAUUUUAUGAAGAGUGUUCCAUUCCACCCAGCACCCUUGAAUUCGUGGAAGCUCAUGGAACAGGUACAAAAGUAGGAGAUCCUGAAGAACUUAAAGCUAUUGAUGAAAUAUUCUGUACUGGACGAUCUGAACCUCUUAUGAUAGGUUCUAUUAAAUCAAAUUUGGGACACAGUGAGCCGGCUUCAGGUCUUUGUUCUAUUGCGAAGCUCUGUAUCGCCUAUACUACUGGAUAUAUUCCUCCAAAUCUGAAUUUCCAAGUUCCAAGAGAAGGUGUCCCAGCCCUAAUGGAGGGUAAACUCAAGGUGAUAACGGAAAAGCAGCCUUGGAACAGAGGAAUGUCUGGUAUAAACAGCUUUGGCUUUGGUGGUGCAAACGCCCACACUUUGCUUAAGAACGUUGCGAGACCGAAGGUCAACAAUGGAAUACCAUCGGACGAUCUACCUAGAUUGGUAUGCAUAUCAGGUCGCACUGAAUCAGCGGUAGCUAAGAUUUUAGAUGACCUUGAAUCAAGGACAGUUGACGCUGAACUCAUUAGACUUUUACACGCUAUACACGAUGAGGACAUCACGGGCCAUGUUGUGAGAGGAUACACAUUGUUGAAUUCCACACCAAAAAUGAGCGUGUCACUAGCGCGUAGCAUCCAAUACUUCUCCGGUGUUCGUCGUCCAGUGUGGUUCGUUUACUCCGGUAUGGGUUCCCAGUGGGCAGGAAUGGCUACUCAGCUCAUGAGGAUUCCUAUAUUCGCUGCUGCUAUUGAAAAAUGCCACAAAACUCUAGAGCCCAAAGGCAUAAACUUGACCAAGCUAAUAACGGAUCCAGACCCCAAGAUAUACGACAACAUCCUCAACUCCUUCAUCGGUAUCGCCGCUGUGCAGAUCGGUCUCACGGAUGUUCUGAAAGCUCUUGGAAUUGAACCCGACUUCAUUAUUGGCCAUAGUGUGGGUGAAUUAGGUUGCGCGUACGCAGACGGAUGUUUCACAGCGGAACAGAUGAUUCUUUCAGCAUACAGUCGAGGUUUGGCGUCAAUAGAGACUCCGUUUAUUAAGGGAUCCAUGGCUGCUGUUGGUCUUGGAUACAAUGAUAUAAAAACGAUAAUUCCACCUGAAAUUGAAGUGGCUUGCCACAAUGGACCGGACUCCAGCACGAUUUCUGGACCAGCGGAUAAAAUGAAGGCUUUCGUUGCCAAACUCGUAGCGCAAGGAGUGUUUGCCAAGGAGGUGCCGUGCUCUAACAUCGCCUACCAUUCUAGAUAUAUCGCUGAAGCUGGACCAAAACUUCUUAAAUAUCUGAAGCAAGUGAUUCCAUCGCCAAAACCACGUUCAGAACGCUGGCUCUCCACCUCUGUGCAGCAGGCCUUGUGGAAAGAUCCCAAAGCUGAAAUGUCUUCAGCUGAAUAUCACACCAAUAAUCUCCUGAGUCCAGUGCUCUUCGAGGAGACGGCUCGACUAAUCCCUGCAAACGCUAUCACUAUAGAGAUCGCCCCACACGGACUCCUACAAGCAAUUUUACGUCGAUCCCUCAAAAAGGAUGUCAUUAACAUUCCUCUAACUGAGAGAAAACACGAGGACAACGUACAGGUUCUCCUCACGGCCUUGGGCAAAUUAUACGAAGCCGGUCUUAACCCUCGUUUAGCCAACAUUUACCCGACCAUAAAAUUCCCCGUCUCGCAAGGAACUCCCAUGCUCUCACACCUCGUCGAAUGGGAACACAGUGAGGACUGGUACGUGACAUCAUACAAAGCACAAGAGAAGAUGAAGUCUGGUGAGAGGACAGUGAGGAUGUCCAUUGUUGAUGAAGACAGCGAAUACAUGGUCGGCCACGUCAUUGAUGGUCGCAACUUGUACCCUGCAACCGGUUACAUUGUGAUGGUGUGGGAGACCCUCGGUAUGAUGAUGGGAGAGCUGUUCACAGAAGUGUCCGUGGUGCUCGAGAACGUUCGAUUCCAAAGAGCUACUAACAUCCCUAAAGAUGGAAACCUAGAGUUUGUUGUGAUGAUUCAGAAAGGAAGUGGGAACUUUGAGAUCGUCGAGAGUGGUGCAUCCAUUGUGACGGGACGUAUUUACGCAAAGAAGAACGUUGGACAGGAUUACCGCGUGCUUCCAUUUGAGCCGGAAGUCACUGGACCCAAUGUUAAACAUCUACUUACAAAGGACUUCUACAAGGAGUUACGUCUUAGAGGUUACCAGUACAGCGGCCUCUUCCGAGGCAUAAUCGGAUGUAACGUCGAGGGAACCCGAGGCCGCUUGGCCUGGGUCAACAACUGGGUCGCCUUCAUGGACUGUAUGCUGCAAAUGAAGAUCAUCGGGCAAGAUACUCGAGGACUCUUUGUGCCCACCAGGAUUGAGAAAUUGUCUAUAGAUGCAAAUAUGCAUUAUGAUGCUUUAUCCAAAACGAAUCCUGAUUCUUCGAGGCAGUCAUUUGAAAUUAGGGUGUAUCACGAUGUUGACGUCAUCAGGGCUGGUGGCGUGGAAAUUCGAGGCUUGCAUGCGACACCGAUUUCAAGAAAAAUUCCACUUGGCGUACCAGUUUUAGAAAAGAACGUAUUCAUUCCUAACUUCGGAAAAUCUAAGAUGAAGAUCGAAGAUAUUCUCAGAAGCAAUGUUCAGCUCAUCCUUGAAAACAUGCAAACUUACAAAGUUAAAAGUAUUGAAAUUGUUGACGAUGAGUAUAAAAAUAACGGAUGGGAGCCAAUUCUGGAAAAAGUAGCAGACGUCUUAGGUGAUCUACCGUUGGUACAAGCUGAGUUAUCUAUCAUCUCUGAGGAUCCAAUUGAAAUGCCAUCAAACAUUUCCGUAGAAAAUAAAAAACUAGCUGGAGAAAAUAAUGCUCUUAUAGUUAUCGGUGCUAAUCUGCUUCAGAGACCUGAGGUACUUAAAAAUGCGCUAGCAACUCUCCGUGAAAAAGGGUUUAUUAUGAGCCGUGAAAAAGUACCCAUUAAUCGAAAAGAUUUCUCUGAUAAAUACGACAUCAUUACCAUACAAGACACUGGCUUCGAAUAUAUAGUCCUCUUCCGAAAACGUGUUGGUGCAAAACCGGCUAAAUUUGUCAAAAUCGUUUCAUCUGAUCAAACGUAUGAAUGGAUAGACAAAGUCAAGGAGGAGCUAAAAGUCGGCCAGAAAGUAGUUUUAUAUAGCCAAGAUGAGCCGAUAAAUGGUCUAUUAGGUCUUAUCAAUUGUCUGAGGAAAGAACCUGGUGGUGAGAUAGUCUAUGGUAUGUUAAUUGCCGAACCUUCAGCCCCACCAUUCAAUCCAGAUUUGGAAUUCUAUGAAGAACAAUUGGAUAUGGACUUGGCUAUCAAUGUCUAUCAAGAAGGUCAAUGGGGAACGUACCGGCACUUACUCUUGGGCGAUUUGGAUACUAUCAAGGCUCACCACGCCUACGUGAACACCGUUACUAUUGGAGACCUGUCAUCGCUAAGAUGGCUGGAGGGACCUAUUAGAGUGAAUCCAGUUUUCAAGAACCCAGACAAUAUUCUAAUACAUGUAUACUGCGCGGCUCUGAACUUCCGUGACGUGAUGACGGCUAUGGGGCGCGUGACGGUCGACGCCGUCGCAAGAGGCAGACUUGCACAAGAGUGCGUGCAAGGGUUCGAGGUCGUCGGCAGAACUUGCAAUGGUACUCGAGCUAUGUGCAUGGUGAGGAACAGCGGUAUGGCAAACAUGGUGGUAGGGGAUAAGGCGCUCUUAUGGGGCAUUCCUGAUGAAUGGACUUUUGAGGAGGCUGCUAGCGUGCCUGUAGCUUAUGGAACUGUAUACUAUGCCUUGGUAAUGGUAGGCCAGAUCCAAAGAGGAGAAUCUAUCUUGAUCCACGCUGGUUCUGGUGGUGUUGGUCAGGCUGCCAUUAACGUUGCUUUAUACUACGGAUGUGAAGUGUUCACGACUGUUGGUACUCCGGAGAAACGAGCCUUUAUUAAGAAGCUUUUCCCACAACUUAAAGACAGUCAUAUUGGCAAUUCUCGUGACACGUCCUUCGAAGACAUGGUCAGAAAGGAAACGCACGGAAAGGGCGUGGAUAUGGUUCUCAAUUCUCUUGCCGAUGAGAAGUUACAGGCUUCGAUUCGGUGUCUCGGCUACCGCGGCCGCUUCUUGGAAAUCGGAAAGUUUGACAUCAGCAACAAUACGCCCAUCGGCAUGUACUUCUUCCUUAAGGAGAUCUCCUUUCACGGAAUUAUGUUGGACUACAUCUUCGACCAAGGCUACGAAUUUAGAAAGAAUCUGCAAGAUUUGCUGUUAUCUGGUAUUGAGAGUGGCGCUGUUCGUCCACUUACGUACUGCACUUUCAAGAAGGAACAAAUCGAGGCUGCAUUCAGAUACAUGGCCGCUGGAAAACACAUUGGAAAGGUUAUUGUUAAAAUACGUGAUGAGGAACGAAGCAAUCGUCUAACGAAACCAACAUAUACGCCCAUUGACGCCGUUCCUAGAUACAUGUGUGAUGAAGAAUUAGUGUACAUCGUUGUGGGAGGUCUCGGUGGCUUCGGUCUGGAGCUUGCAGAUUGGCUCAUUCUGAGAGGAGCCAGGAAAGUUCUGCUCACCUCCAGGAGAGGAAUUAGUAAUGGUUACCAAUCAUCGCGGCUGAGAGCAUGGGCGGGCUAUGGGGCUGAUGUACAAAUUUCAACGCAUGAUGUCACGACAGAAGAAGGUUGUGAACAAAUGUUGAAAAUGGCAAAUUCUAUGGGAACAGUCGAGGCGAUAUUCAAUUUGGCAGUGAUAUUGAAAGAUUCCAUCUUCCAAAAUCAAAGUCUGGAAUCAUUUAAGACGUCGUUCGCACCCAAAGCAUUAGCCACGAUGAAUUUGGACAAGCUGUCAAAGAAAUUGUGCCCUAAAUUGAAAGAUUUCGUGAUAUUCUCAUCCGUGUCUUGCGGUCGCGGUAACGCUGGUCAGACCAACUACGGUUUCUCCAACUCCGUGAUGGAGAGGAUCUGUGAGUGGAGAAAGAAGCUCGGCCUCCCCGCGCUUGCUGUUCAGUGGGGUGCCGUCGGAGAUGUUGGUCUCGUAGCAGACAUGCAAGAUGAAGACGUCCAAUUGGAAAUCGGUGGAACUUUACAACAAAGGAUUUCCUCCUGUCUGCUAUCUCUCGACAAAUUCUUGAAACAGGAUGCCGUGAUAGUAUCCUCGAUUGUGGUAGCCGAAAAGAAAGCUGGUGGUUCUGGAUGUGGAAGCAUUGUUGAUGCAGUUGCCCAGAUUAUGGGUAUUAAGGAUCUCAAAACAGUGUCUCAGCAAGUGUCUCUUGCGGAAUUGGGCAUGGACAGUAUGAUGGCGGUCGAGAUCAAACAGACCUUAGAGCGAGAAUUCGAGAUAUUCCUGACAGCUCAAGAUAUCAGAACCUUGACAUUUGCAAGGUUGGUAGAACUCACAGCUCAAAAAGAAGCCGAAGCAUCGACAUCAGUGUCGGCACGUCAUAUUAUCCCUGAAGAUGCGGCUGGUCUCCGAGUCCUCAUGAGGAACUUUGGUGAUGAAAACUUGGCAUCAGAACCUUUCAUUUACAUGCCGUCUAUGGUUAGCGAUGGCUCAGAGACCGACAUAUCCGUUCAUGAAAAGGAAUCGAUAAUGUUCAUUCUACCCGGUCUAGAAGGUUGUGCUGCGGGAAUGGCGGCUUUAUGUCGUAGGCUUAAGGUCAAGAUUUGCGUUCUGCAAUUUGGCAAUGAAGAGAAGCACGAUACCUUAGAUUCCUUAGUCACUAGGUUACACAAGACGAUAAAAUCAAGAUUAUCUCCUGGAAGUCCGUACAUACUUCUCGGAUACAGUUUUGGUGCUUUGCCCACGUUGAAACUGGCGAGCAUAUUAGAAAAUGAAGGACACAAUGGAACAAUAUUCUGCUUGGAUGGCAGUCCAGACUUCCUCUAUGCGAUAUUAACCUUGACAAUGUCCGCCACGACCGAUACUCAGUUACAAAACAGUUUAAUUAGCCUAACCAUGGAUAUUAUCACUCCGAAAAACGAACUAACUAACACACUUAUGGACAAACUCAAGGAUAUCGAAUCAUAUGAAGAAAGAGUUCAAUAUGCAUUGAAAGCAUCUCCCGCUCAGAAUAAAUAUUCAAAUAAAUUCGUAGCUUCGAUUGCCAAUGCAAGUUUCGAUCGGCUUAAAAUGGUCCUCAAUCAAGAUAAGCUGAAGAAGGUCAAGGCACCAAUAAUUCUAUUGCGUCCGAAGGAAAAUCCACAAUUCAUGGUUAUCGAAGAGAAUUAUGGUCUGGAUAAACUCACUGAAGGUCCCGUGACCGUUCAUCUCGUUGAAGGUAACCAUGUCAGUAUAAUUGAGAAUAAGGAUUGUGCGAACAUUAUUAAUAGAGUCUUAGCUGCACAAGACGGAAACAAGAUUGGUCAGAAUGUUGUAACUAAUAUUGUCGAGAAUCAGCGUACAAUAGAAAUUUGAAUUUAAUAUUUAACAUAAAACAAAUCUUGUUAUUAAGUAUUUUGUUGAUUACUGUUGUUGUUUAACUCGUUGUUGGGAGUUUUGGUAGAAUUAUAAUUUUUAAAAGUAUUCAUUAAAAUUUAAUUGUGUUAUAAUAAGUAUUUGUUAAUUUAUAAACGUAUAGUUUUAUGGUUAAUUUAUUUUAGCUUUAAGGUAAAAAUAUACCAGUACCGAAUAAAAUAUUCAUUAGUUAGGAAAUUUUGUAUUUUUGUAACAUUUAUCGUACUGAUUGUUUUAAGGGUUAUAAUGACAUUUUUUAAUUUGUUCAAAUUAAGGUAUGAUACUUAUUUAUUUCUAAAAUUUGAUUGUGAUUUUGGGUACUUUAGUGUCGGUUCUUGUGAAUAUAUAAUGAGGAUUUGUAUGA